UAUUGUCACGUUAAACAUUUUCGGUUGCUAGACGACAAUAAUGCACAUUACACCCGUACAGCGAAGGGGGACGCGAAACGACGCUGAGCAUUAUUAUUAUUUUGUUAACUCCGCAGCGUUUACACACAAUAUCGACGUAGGAUCUGCUGCUUUUCUUAACGGCGACAUCAGGAAACAGCUGCAUCUUGGGAACUUCUUAAAACCCCCUACUCAUGUCAAUGCUCGUUUAUGCUGUUUGAUAUUACGUUUAUAUGAAUAUCUGACAUGAGAAAAACAAGAUUUCCUGCUGCAUCGUAAUACUGGCACAUUUCAGGUCGUACCUCCGUACUGCAUGAGAAAGUAUUAUGGUCUUAUUGUUUGUAAAAGGUGAUGAUAAAAUAAAAACAGGCCAUCACAUAAGCUAUAAUGUCUGUAGUAGCUGGAGAACUUGUCACUGAAGAGGAGGUGGAGGAUCUGGCGGAGGAUAGUCUCUGUAGCAGCUAUGUUUCCGACACGGAAAAGAAAUCAAGAAAAAAGAAAGUUUCAGGAAGACCACCUCCUUCUCCUAGGUCACCAUACCUGAACAGUGCAAACUUGCAUCCGAAGAGACCUCCAGUAGCAUCAUGGAGGACAGUGAAAGGGAAGCAGCUCCAAAACUAUAAAACCUCUCCGGCUGGUACACCGAAGGACGUCUGGCUGCACUUACAGAAUGAUGGACAUGGGACAUUGUCAAAGUCUCCAAAAGAAGCGGAUUACAGUGUCACACAGACCAGCAUCUCCAUGACCAGCACACCUGAAUACUUGAAGGAGGCCUUAGGAAUGAAAAAGCCAAAAUAUUCUCGCUCUGCAUCCAACGGUUAUGUUCCAGGGACCCCAGACUAUAAAGAUAAGGAAGAAAUGUAUGAUGAAAUAAUCGAUCUAAAAAAGACCAUCCAGUCCCAAAAGGCUGAAUCAGACAAGAUGAAAGCCAAGCUGCGGCGUCUUGAAGAAGAAAGCGCUAAGAAAGACAGACAAAUAGAACAGCUGUUGGAUCCAGUGAAGGACCCAGAGUAUGCUAGAGGUUUAGUGGACAGAAAGACUGAUCCUAGAUCGAUCAUUAACGGACUGAAACAGAGGAUUCUGCGAUUGGAGCAGCAGUGCAAAGACAAAGAAAAUGCCUUAAGUCAACUUCAGAGUGAGCUCAAAACUACCAACAUGCAGGAAAUGAAGAUCACUGUAGAAACCUAUUUUGAAGAGGUUCAAAGAAUGCGAGCACUUUUAGAGUCAACUGAAAGAAGUAAUAAGACAGAGAGAAAACACAACAGGCGGCAAAACAAGACCCUUAGUGCAACGGUUCUGAAACUCACAAACACCGUUCAACAACUGGAGAGCGAGAACCAGGAACUCAAAAAGGAAUUGACACAGGAAGAGAUGAACAUGAUGGAGAGCCCUGCGUGCCGGGCCAAGGCUUAUAUGGAUUGGAGUAAACAGAGACUUGUACGACGAAUCCUGGAGCUUGAAAAGAGAGUUGAGCAGAUAAAGAAUCUCCAGAUCACCAAAGCAUCAGACUCACAAAAGAGCCCAGACAAUAAAGGCACUGAGUCAAAAUCGGCCAAUCAGAGUGAUUCUGUCAACACAGAGAUGGAGCCAUCUGUGAUUAAAGAGAAUGAUGUGCAUUUGAGGGAAGCAAUUAAGAAACUUGGAAAAGAGAACAAGGAACUACAGGAAAAACUGACCCAGAGAGAGCAAGAAAUGGGUGCACUGACCAUAGAAAUCAACUGUUUAAAAGAGAAACUAGAGGAGGAGGGAAAACUCAGAUUAGUACAAGGUCCAAGUCAGGUUCGGGAUGGUUCUUUGUCAUUAACACUCACAGAACCACUGUCGUCAUCAGCGGUCGUGCCGAUAGAAAAGAACAGAGCAGCUAAGAUCAUCCAGACACACUGGCGCUCACACCGAAUACGGGAUCUAGUUCUUUUACAGUCCUGUCUCAGAGGGCAACUAAUCAGGCAGAGGCGAUUAGAUGGACAGAGGCAAGCAGACUCAAGAACAGUCCCUGCUGCCAUGAGCCAAUCAGGUAUAAAUGCUCGGGCUGUACAGGAAGAGGAAGUGACUCUGCUGCAGUCUGUCUUCAGGGCUCAUCUCAAACGCAGCACUCAGACGAUGGACAGGGCAUCUGCAGUGACACAGUCUGUAUCUUCCAUACAUCAGAAAAAGCCGUAUCUCUCCACUCCUUUGCUGCCCAGAGGCUCCUCACAGGCCAUGUUUACUAACAAAAUGCAAACCUCAGGUGUAACUCAGAAUAAUAGUGAGGAGACUGCAGAGGAACUACAUUCUGCAAAUAAUGAUAAGCUACAUGACAAGAGCUCAAUGCCAGCAGACUUGAAGAUCCACCAAGAGCAACCAGCCACUGAAAUUCCAAACACCAUCGAUUCAGAUGACUCUGAUGACAUCAUUGUGUCUCCUUCAAAGCCAGUGAGAAAGAGAGAAAAAGUCCAUUGAGUGCUAAUGACUUGAUUUAGCUCUUUUUGUACUAUUUGGACCUUUUUUUUCUCUCUGAACUUGGAACACGCUUUAUUACCUGAGCAACCUAAAAUGGAAUUGAAGCAAAAAAUUUAAUUGUAUAUGCGCAAUACUUACUGCACAGAGAAGAACAUGGAUCAUGGAUCAUUACGGUUUUGUGAUUUUCACACACUAUUAUUCUGCGGAGAUCAAAUUUUUUUGACUUCUAGGAACAAAGCCUUCAAAUAAGGGAAAAAAUUCUUCACACUCCAAAAGUGCCUUGCCUUGAAUGAUCAUCUUGAAAUGAGGAUCAGGGAUUUAAUAUUCUUCUUCUACUUUUCAUUGUAGAUCAAUAUACAAAUGACACUAAGCAGGAUAUCGCAUAAAAUACAUUUAAGCCAUUGUGUGCAUUCAAGGUACACCUCUGAUUGAUACAAAAAGUACUGUGAAUUUCCACAGAUGUGGGUGAUGUAUGCUGUAUAACAUUGUUCAGAUUGGAGAAAAAAAUGACAGUAAAUACUGUUUUACUUCAAUGUUGUCAGUGUGUUACAUGUUGUUAUAGUUGUAUCUGUGUUGAACCAACAAUAGCACUGAAAAUGUGAUGCUGUUUUCCAAUUUGUAAUGUCUUGUUAAAACUGAUUUUGCUCAAAGAGCACUAUUUUUUGUGCCAUUGUUCUUGAAUUUGUGUUAGAUUUCUUUAUUAAAAACCUGUUUUCUCUG